AUGGCUCGAGGUGCGCCCGAGGACUCCGGCAGGCACUCAGGCCCUGACGAUACCAAACGCGUCAGCGCCGCACUUCGACAGAAUCUUGUGCUACCGACUGGCGAUAACCUCGACUUUCCAUCACACCUGGACCUCAGAGCCAUUGUUGACGAUAGUCAGCUUUCUCGCAUUCGAAUUGGGAAGAACAAGGGAAAUGCGCUAGGAGAGUACCGCUACCUACGAUCUCGGUUCUGCACUGUCAGCAACGAGCAGUGGUUUGUGACUGGUGCACAUACAGUAUUCGCAUUUCUGUGGACCAUAUUCCUGUAUGAUACAUGA